CCGGCUCUGGCGGCGGACGGAACGGCGGUGCCGUGAGGAAGGAAGCGGCGCUGUCGGGCGGAGCGGGCCGGGCAGGGGGUCUUCCGUGCGAGCGAGUGAGCGAGCCAGCCAGCGGCGGCCGGGGAGGCAGCGAGAGCCGCCGGGGAGGCGGACGAACCAUGGAGCGGGUGGGCCGGAGGCGGCGACGCCGGCACUGCUGAGGGCCCGCCGCUCCCGCGCCGCCCGCCCGCCCGCCCGCCGCCGCUCCCUCAGGCAGGCGGCCGGGCCGGGCGCAGGGAGAGAAGUUGCGAGCAGGCCUCGCGCGCUCGCCGUCGGGCCUCCCGCCGCCACGGAGGCGGUGGUCGCCGCCGCCGCGCCGGAAUAUAGCACUGCUUGUUGGACACCCUUUUGUUGGAUUUUAUCUAUGUCCAGCUAACUGCUGCUUUCAACUAUGGAAUCGACAGUUGAUGAUGAAGCGACGGCAGCAUAAAUGAAGGACAAGUAAGGAAGGCAGAACGAUGCCCAAGGGUGGGUGUUCUAAAACACCACAAUCGGACGAUUUCUCUCUCAGCAACAACAUGGUGGAGAAACAAACUGGGAAAAAGGAUAAAGAUAAAGUUUCUCUAACCAAGACUCCAAAAUUGGACCGGAGUGAUGGUGGCAAAGAAGUGAAGGAGAGAGCUACAAAACGGAAAUUACCUUUCACUGUUGGAACAAAUGGAGAUCAAAAAGAUUCAGAUACAGAAAAACAAGGUCCUGAGCGGAAGAGGAUCAAAAAGGAACCGGCGACUCGCAAGCCCAGCCUGCUCUUUGGAAUGGGGCUGUCCGGGAUUCGAGCAGGCUAUCCGCUCUCCGAGCGCCAGCAGGUGGCCCUCCUCAUGCAGAUGACAGCAGAAGAAUCCGCCAACAGCCCAGUGGAUACAACACCAAAGCACCCCUCUCAGUCUACAGUUUGUCCGAAGGGAACUCCUAAUUCUGCCUCCAAAACCAAAGAUAAAGUGAACAAGAGAAAUGAACGCGGAGAAACCCGGCUGCAUCGGGCAGCUAUCCGGGGAGAUGCCCGACGUGUCAAGGAACUGAUCAUUGAGGGCGCCGAUGUCAAUGUAAAAGACUUUGCAGGCUGGACCGCUUUGCACGAGGCAUGCAACCGAGGUUACUAUGAUGUUGCAAAACAGCUGCUUGCUGCAGGAGCCGAGGUCAAUACCAAGGGUCUGGACGAUGACACUCCCCUGCACGAUGCGGCCAGCAAUGGACACCGCAAGGUGGUGAAAUUGUUGUUACAUUAUGGAGGAAACCCUCAACAACUUAACAGGAGGGGAGAGACUCCAUUAAAAGUAGCCAAUUCCCCCAACAUGGUGAACUUGCUCUUGGAAAAGGCUGUGUAUCCUUCCAGUGAAGAGAGUUCCACAGAGACUUCAGAAGAAGAAGACGCUCCGUCAUUUGCACCCUCCAGCUCCAUUGAUGGCAACAACACGGACUCGGAGUUUGAGAAAGGCCUGAAACACAAAGGGAAGAACCAGGAGCCCCUCAAAGCCAUCACACCCGUGAAGGAUGAGUACGAGUUUGAUGAGGACGAUGAGCAGGACAGAGUCCCCCCUGUUGACGAUAAGCAUCUGCUGAAGAAGGAUUACAGGAAAGAGACUAAAGCAAAUAAUUUCAUUUCCAUUCCCAAGAUGGAAGUUAAAACCUACACUAAAAACAGCACAAUCGCACCAAAGAAAAUAGCUCAUCGCAUCCUUUCCGAUACAUCUGACGAAGAAGAUGGUGCCCUGGCGGUGGGAGGGGGGGAGAAGUUGCGAAUGACCACUCACCCCAGCCCGGCAAGCAACAAGGCUCGAGAACCUCCCAGUGCCAAACAACAGAAAGAGAAAAACAAGGUGAAGAAGAAACGCAAGAAGGAGGCCAAAGGCAAAGAAGUUCGGUUUGGCAAAAAAAAUGACAAGUUUUGUUCCUCCGAAUCUGAAAGUGAAAACCUGGAGAGCGAGGAGGAUGACCGAGACUCUGUACAAAGUCCUACCUGUGUAAAGGACUCCAGGCUGGUGCUGAAGGAGUCCUCCCUGUUUAAUUCCCUCUCGGCUUCCUCCGCCUCCUCCCAUGGCAGUCUGGCCUCCCAAAAGCAUAACUCAGCCCUUACAGAUCAGCACUCCAAGCAUUGGCGGACCGACAAUUGGAAAACAGUUUCUUCUCCGGCCUGGUCAGACGUCAGCUCCUUAUCCGAUUCCACAAGGACCAGGUUGACCAGCGAGUCAGAUUACACUUCCGAAGACUCGAGCCUAGAAUCCUUGAAACCUGUGAGGAAGAAACAGGAGCCCAAGAAGCGAGCUCAGCAUGGGGCGGUGGUGGUGGUGGUGGAUAAGAAGAAUUCAUUCCAUGGCAACGUUGAUGGAGCUAUUCCAAAGCUGGACAAGGAGGGGAAGGUUGUAAAAAAGCAUAAAACGAAACAUAAACACAAAAACAAGGAGAGAGGUCAGUGUCCUGCCAGCCAAGACAUUAAAAUAAUCAAAGCUUUUUCUUUUGAUUAUGAGGACUCUAAGCAGAAAUCCGAAAAGGCUUUGAUGAUAGGGACUGAAAGUCCUGUUGAAAAUAAGCUCAAAGCACUAAAGCAUGAGAGGGAGCACUUCAAGAAAGAGGACAAAUUUCUGAAAACUAAAUCUGAAGAGAAGGAGUGGUUGAUUAAAGAGGAAGCUGGGAAAAAUUCUAAAGAGGAGAAAUCCUUGAAAAAAGUGAAGGAGGCAAGUAAAGACAUCAGCAAACCGUUCAGGGAAGAAAAGACCAGCAGACUGGAGAGGGAGAAGCCCACAAAGGAGAAAUCUCCCAAAGAGGAGAAGCCUCGAACGCACAAGGAGGAGAGGAAGAAGAAGUCCAAGGACAAGCAGUUCAAAGCCGAGAGGAAAAACGAACCAAAGGAAGAAAAACCAAGCAGAAUUGAGAAGGAAAGGCCAAUGAAAGAAGAGAAAGAAAAAUGCAAAAAAGACAAAAGUUACAGAGAAGAAGCAACAUUUGAAGAAUUUAGUAAUAAAAACCAAUUUUUGGAAAAUGAAGAUACAAAAUUUAGCCUUUCGGAUGACCAGCAAGAUCGAUGGUUUUCAGAUUUGUCAUCUGAUUCCUCUUUUGAUUUCAAAGGAGAGGAUAGCUGGGAUUCACCGGGGACGGACUACAGAGAAAUAAAAAAUGACAGUGUGGCAAAAUUAAUAAUUGAAACAGUAAAGGAGGAAAUAAAAGACAAGAAACGUGAAAGUAAAACAAAAGACAAAAGAGACUACAGUGAAAAGCGUAAUGAAAAAGACACAUUUCUUAAAAAGAAAGAAAGAGAAUACGCUGAGAGGAAUUCUGAGAAGAAGAAGGAUCAAACUGAGAAGCAUAAAAAUAUUCCCAAUUAUCUGCCUGAAAAGAAAAGAAAGGAUUCUGCUGAAAGUUUUAAAGAGAGAAAAGAAAAGGACAGCAGUGAAAUUAGAGAAAGAAGGGAAUUGUCUGAUAGCUCUAAAGAGAGAAAAGAGGUUAAAAUUAAGCAAGAAGACUCCUACAGGGAUGAGUUUAAAGACUACGGCUGUGAAGCAUUUUUCAAAGAAAAACCUGAUCCAGAAUUCAGCGGGAAAAAUAUUGAAACCUGGGAAAGGCAUCACUCUGGAAAGGAGAAAAAGGAUGCACCAGAGAAGGACAAGAAAGAAAAAUCAAAAACAGAGAAGUACAAAGAAAAAUCAAAAAUGGACGACAAAGAGAGAAAUGAGAAGACACCAUCUGAAAAAAGCCAAAAGGACAAAGAACUGGACAAAAGUUUUAAAGAGAAAAAGGACCCAAAGGAGAAAUACAGAGAUGCGCACAGCAAAGAGAAAGAGAGGAAGAGUUCCUUAGAUCAGGUGAAAGACAAGAAAGAGAAGAUCUGUUCUGGAGAUCGGGAGGACUUUCACGAGAAAAAGGAUGAGAAAAAGGGGAGGGAGAGGAGCUGGUAUAACAUCCUUGACAUUUUCACUGAUGAAAGUGAGGACGAAAAGGACGACUACCCUCUGACUGGGUUCAAACUGGGGGACGGCCUGGCCAGCGAAAUGCACCGGCUGGAUGGUCUGCAAGACCAAGAGGACAGUGUGGUGGCUGAGAGGGACCUUUAUGUCUCUGACAAGCAUCGGAAAUAUUCUUCUGACCGGCAGCCCCAUUCUGUGGAGAAACCGAAAGAUAAAGAAUCCAAAGAGAGGAGAAAGGAGAAAGGGCUGUCGGAGGGAGGGAAGGAGAGAAAAGACAAAAGCUCCCUCGAGAAACACAAGGAGAAGAAAGAGAAAGACCGAAAAGAGCGAAUCUCGGUCGACUCUGGCCAGGAAAGGAAGACUAAACAGAAACUCCCUGAAAAGGCAGAAAAGAAACACGUGGGCGAUGAAAAGACUAAAAGUAAACACAAGGAAAAGCUGGACAGGGAAUACACCAAGGAGAAGCGUUCUUCUAAGAGUGGAGAGGCAGAGAAGAGCUUGUUGGAGAAACUGGAGGAAGAAGCCCUCAACGAAUACCGGGACGACUCCAACGACAAGAUCAGCGAGAUCUCCUCGGAUAGCUUCACCGAUCGAGCCCAAGAUCCCAUGCUCGGUGGUCUCUUCGAGACCUCCAGUCUUUCCCUUGCAGACACCUCUGAGGAGAAAUACAAGGAGUCAUUGCCUCUGCCUUGCCUGGCAGAGAAGCUCAAGGAGAAGGAGAGGCACCGGCACUCUUCCUCUUCAUCAAAAAAGAGUCAUGAAAAAGAGAAAGCAAAGAAAGAGAAAGCAGAGAAAAAAGAUAAAACAGAUGAGCUGAAAGACUCUAGUAGCAGGAAGGAGGCCACUCAGUAUGAAAAAGAUUUUGCCCUGGAUGGGGAAGGUUUUGGCAUUGCCUACAGCACAAAAGUCGAGGCUGAAGAAGAAGUGGACAAAAACAUUGAGUACCUGUUUUCUGAAAAAAAGGACAAGAAUGAAUCCGAAAGAGAACUUCCUAAGAAAAUUGAAAAAGAAAAAACUUGCAGCUCCAACAUGUUUGGUACAGCCAAAGAGAAGAAAAAGAGAGACCGGCACAAAGAGAAGUGGAAAGACGAAAGAGAGAAGCACAGAGAAAAACACCCAGAUGGACUGUUUAAGCACCAUAAGGAGGAGCAGAAGUUUGCCAAAGACAAAGAAGCCUCUCAAGGGAUCAGUCUCAAAGACAAAUCUAAGGAAGAGCCCUCCAAGCUGAAUGAUCUCAAAGCAAAGGAAAGACUGAAAGAAAAUCAAGAAAAGGAAAAAGCUGACUGUCUUAAGCUGAGCAAUGGAAAUGAUAAAAUUGUCUUAUCCAAAGAGGGCAGUAAAAAAGACAUCCGGCCCCGGGAAAAACUUUUGGGAGAUGGGGACCUGAUGAUGACCAGCUUUGAGAGGAUGCUGAGCCAAAAAGAUAUUGAGAUUGAAGAGCGCCACAAAAGGCACAAAGAGAGAAUGAAACAGAUGGAAAAGAUGAGGCAUAGAUCCGGAGAUCCCAAAUUAAAAGACAAAGUUAAAGCCAACGAGGAAAUGCGCAAGAAGAGUCUGGAUUUGACUACCAAGAAACCACUAGCUCUUGACUCCCAGUUAAAAGACAAAAAACUCAAGGACCUCGGCCCAGUGGCUCCCAUAGCAUCUCCCGAGAUCAAGACCCAGCCUGCUGUGGGGGUGGAUUCCAAGGACUGGAUAUCUGGCCCCCAACUAAAGGAGAUCUUACCUGCUUCUCCGAGGCCAGAUCAGCACAGGCCGACGGGUGUUCCCACACCAGCCUCAGUUGUUUCAUGCCCAAGCUAUGAAGAGGUGAUGCAGACACCACGGACUCCAUCUUGCAGCAAUGAAGAUUACACAGAUCUGAUGUUUGACUGUGCUGAUUCUCAGCAUUCUCUCCCCAUCUCUACUAUGUCCAUGAAUGCUUGUUCUCCGUCUUUCUUUGACAGAUACUCAAAUCCUUCAAGUGGAUUUUCUGAGAAUCCAAGUCAGACCCCAACAAAACUCAUCCCCUCCACAAAUCUCCAUCGGUCGAUCUCUGUGGACAUUAGAAGGGCACCAGAAGAAGAAUUCAGUGUUGGAGAUAAAUUUUUUAGACAGCAGAGUGUCCCAGCCACAGCUAGUUACGAUUCUCCAGUGCAGCAUUUGAUGGAAGAGAAGCUGCCUCUUCCUUCUGUUCCUACUGAAAAGUUCCCAUGUUUAUCUCCAGAAUAUUAUUCACCAGACUAUGGAGUCCCAUCACCCAAAGUAGAGGCGCUGCAUUGCACAUCAGGAACUGUUAGCAACAUUGUCCAGUCCCCCGAAAGUGUAUUUUCUGGAUUGCAAGCCAAGUCCUCCCCUUCUCACAGAGAUGAGCUGCUCGCCCCUUCUGUGGAAAGCGCUCUCCCUCCCGAUCUUGAGAUGCCUUUGGAUGCUACAGAGGACCAACAGGCAACGGCUGCCAUCAUGCCCCCAGAGACCAGCUUCUUGCCCCCAAUUGAGGAGAACGAGUUUGACUCUGGCAUACCAGAGCAGAGCAGCGCAGAGUGGGAGCUCACACCAAAGAGACAUCCUCCGGUGCCACCCAGUUUAAUUGGCAACCCUCCUGAACAUCCUGUGAGCUGGUCGGUGGGAUCCGAGCUGCUUCUUAAGUCGCCCCAGCAUUGCCCCGAUUCCCCAAAGCCUUUCUGCUCUUUAGAGACCACGCACCCCACUGCACCGGUACCCUUCAUUUCUGCAGAGACACUCUAUCCCAGCUCCCCUACCUCGUACCUCCUUCCGGUGAUUGAGCCAAGGCUCGAGAAAGCAAAAGAAGAUGUGGAAGAAACAAUUCCACCCGAAAUAGUGUCCGCAGAGCCACAAGGUCCCUGUGUGGAUCCCCCGGCCAGGUUGGACGCCUUUUUCAGUAGCUGCAAGACUGUCCCAGAAGAAGCAUCGGAUGGGGCUUUGCCGCCAGCAGAGGCCCAAGCGGAAGGGGCGGAUACUGUUGAAAAGAAUUGUUUAGACAGUAGCAGCAUCACUCCUGUAAACCCAGAGGAACAAAUUGCGUGGCCGGAUCCAUUCACAAAUUCAGAAGAUGACUUGGACCUGGGCCUGUUCUCUCUGCCAGAGUUGCCGCUCCAAGCGAAAGAAGUUCCAGAGGUGGAAAUGGUGGAGGCAGGCGAAGAAAGCCCCCCUGUGCCUUCUGAAGCCCUCACCGCGGCUCUUCUGGACGUUGAGGUUUCUUUGGGGUCUGCAAAGGACCAGGAGGAUCUGAGUCUGAAUCCACAAAGUGUCCUGCCUGGGGAGUCUGAUGUGCAAAGGGAUGAGAAGAAGCCAGAGGAGGCUUCUGCCAAAGCAGGGCUGGAUAUUUGCAGCCCCCCAGAGCAGAAGUCUGGAGCAGAACCAGAGGCCUCCCAGAGUGUUCAGGAUGCAGCAUCAGCAGAUCUCGUGCAGUUGGAGCCUAAGGAGGUGGAGGCCAGCGGGGAGGAACUCUCCUCAGUUGUUCUGGCGUCCAGCGAUGCUUCUCAAGGCUGUUUCAGCCAAGCAGACAGGACUGAGAGCACGGAAGCUCAAGAGGCCUCCAGGGGCACCAGCCAGGUUGCUUCUUCUCAGGCAGAGGUGCCCCAAGUGAAUGUCCAGUUGGAAGCUGCAGAAUCAGUCCCCAAACCGAUUCUCGAAACCCCAAAGGCUCCCAAAAUAGAAGAGAUCCCACAGCGGAUCACCAGAAACCGAGCCCAAAUGCUGGCCAAUCAAAACAAGCAGAACGCUGCUGCUGCUGCUGCUGCUGCUGCUGCUGCUGCUGCUGCUGCUGCUUCCGAGAAGGAGUUUCCGCCUGCUUCGGCUCCUUCCACGAGGGCGAAGGGGCGUGUGGCCGAAGAGGAAGACGCCCAGGCGCAGCACCCCCGGAAGCGGCGGUUCCAGCGUUCCAGCCAGCAGAUCCAGCAGCAGAUCAACACCACCACCCAGCAGACCCGGGAGAUGAUCCAGCAGACUUUGGCCGCCAUUGUCGACACUAUCAAGCUGGAUGACAUUGAGCCGUACCACAGUGACCGGUCCAACCCUUACUUUGAGUACCUGCAGAUCCGGAAGAAGAUUGAGGAGAAGCGGAAAAUCCUUUGCUACAUCACGCCGCAAGCGCCCCAGUGCUACGCUGAGUACGUCACCUACACCGGCUCCUAUUUGCUGGAUGGAAAGCCUUUGAGCAAGCUGCACAUUCCCGUGAUCGCCCCUCCCCCGUCCUUGGCUGAGCCCCUGAAGGAGCUGUUCAAGCAGCAGGAAGCUGUCCGGGGCAAGCUGCGACUCCAGCACAGCAUCGAGCGGGAGAAGCUGAUCGUGUCGUGUGAACAGGAGAUUUUGAGAGUUCAUUGCCGGGCAGCCAGGACGAUAGCGAAUCAAGCCGUGCCCUUCAGCGCCUGCACGAUGCUUUUGGACUCAGAAGUGUACAACAUGCCUCUCGAAAACCAGGGAGAUGAAAACAAAUCUGUCAGAGAUCGUUUCAAUGCUCGCCAGUUUAUCUCAUGGUUGCAGGAUGUGGAUGACAAAUAUGACCGAAUGAAGACGUGCCUGCUGAUGCGCCAGCAACACGAAGCCGCAGCCUUGAACGCAGUGCAGCGCAUGGAGUGGCAGCUGAAAGUGCAGGAGCUGGACCCUGCCGGGCACAAGUCGCUCUGCGUGAACGAGGUGCCCUCCUUCUACGUGCCCAUGGUGGACGUGAACGAUGACUUUGUGCUCUUGCCAGCAUGACAGGACCGUGCCUGCGGACAUUUUCACUGCAAACUGGCAUGGGUGGGUGCCCACCCCCUAACUCACCCACCCAACUCCCCUCUCCAGGAUGGGUGUAGGUGUUCACACACAUGCGCACACAGACACACACACAGACACAACCGCUUGCUGAUGAAUCCCUAGUCAGACGAGGAGGAAGCAGAACAUCUGUGACAAAACCAUAAGUGGCACUUUCUUCACGGAGCCCCAGGCGCCCCGACUGUAGGAGCAGAGGAAGGGGAGGCGCAGCUCCUUCCCCACCACUCUCUCUGGCAGGAGCAGCCUGCAGACGGCAGGUUCAGGACUGGUGGAAGGAAGAGAGACUCAGUGGGGGCCGGAAGACUGCCAGGGCACCCUUUCCAAUGGGGGAGCUGCAGCUGCCGCCAAGAUUUGAGGUCGCCGCAGCUUUCGGCGCACUCACAGUUUCUGCCAUUUGGAGCGCUUUGAUUCUUCCAUUAGCCUGUGGGUGGAUCAUCCCUCCGAGACCCUGCAGGGCUAGACUGGGGGGGGGCUGUGGGGAGGUGGGGAUAGAAGAGACAGGCAGUCCCUUUGGUUCUUGUUGCAGCCGGGCAUCAGGAAGACACCAAGCUGCACUCUGGAGGUGGUGCAGGGAGUCGCCCCCCUGGACCAGCAGCAUGGGGCACCUUUCAAGCGAGCCAGCCUGGGGUGGGAGACACCUCACCAUGGAAAUCAGAGACGUAAGUGGCGCAGAGCGAGGACUGUGCAAUUCUGUUUUGAAGUGGAGUAAAAUCCAUGUGGUUUAUAUAUAUAUAUAUAUAUAAAUAUAUAUAUAUAAAUAUAUAUUUUCCUUUAAUCUUGGGCAUUUUGUUUCUCUUUCUGAGACCAUAACUUGAAAAAAGAAAAAGAUAAAACACUACAAGAGCCAAUACUCAUAUAAAAAGAAAUUGUAUCCCUUAAAAGCUGUACAGUUUUAUAUACAUUAACAAUGUACUUUUUGCUGCCUUCUAGAUAAUUUAUUUUGCAACACAUUACUGCACAGUUGUAAAUAACUUAUGUACUGUAACAUCACUUUCAGUCAUGUGUAAAGAAAUAAAUUAAUUAAUUAAAA